AUUUGUGUGGGUCACCCCCCCCCCACCACGCCCUCUUCAUGUAACUGUACCCCUGCAGACCGCCGUGUGAUGCAAGAGUUUAUUUCCAUAAAGGCCGCUUCGAGACGAGCAGACCGAUGCGUCCGGAGCGUCGUGGCAGGAGGAGAAGCAUCUCUGAAGCGUCGUGUGUGUGGAGCCUCCUGAGAUGUCUCCUGCCGUGAGGCUGAAGGUGCUCCUCUUCUUCGCUCUGUUCUCCGGGGGCGUGGGCACGCUGCUCGCGCUCCUCUCCUGCGGGACGGAGUACUGGCUGCUGGCCGCCGAGGCCUGCGGCGGGAGGCCGGAGGGCGAGAGCGGCGCCGAGCAUGGCGGCGGCGGCGUGCGGGUCUUCCACGAGGGUCUGUUCUGGCGCUGCUCCUUCACGGCGGCCUCGGAUCAAUACUCCAUCUUGGACCUCUGGAUCUAUAAUCCGCCUCCAUCCAAGGUGUGCCGGGUCGCCUUCCUCUUCCCGUUUCCAGCCAGCGGUUCCCCCGAAGAGCCGUAUGAACUCCCCUCUGCUAUUGUGUUCAGGACCUUCUGGAGCAUCUUCCUCGUGGCGGGAGCGGCAUCCGUCGUGGUCGGUGGAUUCGUGGUCAUCUGCGCCAGCCCGCUGGCCAAUCACAGGCUCUAUAGAGUGGGCGGGGCCCUCCUGCUAUGUGGCGGUGUGAGCCUGCUAGCGGUGCUGGUGAUGUACCUGACGUGGGUCCAGGUCCUGGACACCCUGGAGCAGUUUGCCCUCCACCACAGAGCCUCCACCUGCGCCUCCUUCCACCUCAGCGUGCAGCACGGCCCCUCCUUCGUGAUGGCCACCGUCGCCGUCUUCUUCUGCCUGCUGGCCGGGGCGCUCUUCAUCCUGAUUGGCCGCGGCGUUCAGCGGCUGCAGCUCGAUGAAAGAGACGGACUUCCUGAAUCUGACGCUUAUCUGUGAUGGAGCUCCUCCUACAGAAAUAUGGAGCGAAAUAAGGACAAUGGCAUCACUAAACUAAAUGGA